AUGGCCGAAGCUGAGCGGUGUCAGAACAAGUUGGACAUGGCGCAGCGGUUGGUUGGUGCACUGAGUGCCAACGGCGUCAUCUGGGAGCAGACCGUGGAAAAGACGUCAGAAGAGCUCAUCUACAUUCCGGGGGAUUCCUUGGUGGCCUGCUCUUUUGCGUCAUAUCUUGGCGUGUUCUCUCGAGAUUAUCGUGAGACAGCCACAGCCAGCUUCGUCGACUUCCUCCAGGCUCGCAACGUACCUCUGGGACCCGAGAUCAGUCCGUUGCAGGUUCUGUCGACGGAAGCAGAGCAAGCGAGAUGGUGCGCAAAUGGUCUACCCAGUGACCGUGUUUCCUUGGAGAAUGGUGCAAUCAUGUCAUGCAGUCAACGAUGGUGCCUGGUCAUCGACCCUCAACUUCAGGGCAUCGUGUGGAUUAAGAACAAGGAAGCCGAGAACAACUUGCAAAUCACCCGCAUGGGAGCUCCGCGAAUGGUGCAGUUGUUCGAGAAGUCGAUCGAAACCGGUAAAAGCGUUCUUGUCGAGAACAUGGGCGAGCACAUUGAUGCCGUGCUUCAGCCCGUUAUCGCUCGCAACACCAUCAAGCGCGGUGCGCGCAAGGUGCUGAAGCUUGGAGACAAGGAGAUCAGCUACAACGACAAGUUCCGACUCUUCAUGCAGACGGAGGAUGUGCAGAGUAGCGUGCAUCUCGCUUUGGCGGGCAAGACCGAGGAGGCGUCGGACGCCAUCCUGACCAUUGUCAAAGGUUUGAUAGAGACGGCGCCGACUCCAUCGGUGCCUGCAGCUCCUUCCAAGCAGCCGAAGGCAAAGCUUGCAAAACGAGCCGCGACCAGGCCCACAAGCCACGAAGCCCCAGGGAAGCGUGCACGGCAAGAAGCCGACGAGUACUGGCUGGAUGCAUGCUCUCGAGCAGUCGAAGCCGACAGACUCCAUUGCGAGGAGCGACACCGCGCCAAGCGCACCACAGAGGUCGGGGAUGUGGAGACAUCGAGGACUGAGCCGCCACAGCCGCUCUUCUGGCGUAUUGACAUGCCGGAUGUGCUGAAGGUGCUCUCCCAGCGCGGCGUGCUACCACGGAAUUUUCUGCCGGUGGUGCGACCACAUGUCACACUGCUCUACAUUGGAGGCGAGGGAUCCGAGGAGCGCGCGGCUGCUCGGGCAGGCCUUUCCACCUCAGAGUUCCAAGCGGCCAAGCAGACUUUGGAAAAGCUCCGAGGUUGCACGGUCGCCAUCAAGAUGACGGAAAUUAUCAUCGAAGAGAACGUUGCAUGCGCCUUCGUCGACCUCCCAAAAAGCAUCCCUUGUGGGAGCAAGGUGCCACACCUGACACUUGGGACCCGCCAGGGAGUGCCAGCGCGGCACGCAAACGACAUACUGGAAGAAGUCCGCGAAGGGCGUAAGGAAGGCAUUACUCGCAUCCGAUUGCCAAAGCCAAAGGAGCUUAGAGGCGUGUUGGACUUGGAGACAUCCGCCACCUACAGUGGUAAGACCUAG